GGCACGGAGUUUUGAACGUGAUUAGCUGUUGUGGUUUCUGUUGGGUGUGUUGUACUGACGGCUGUGUGAUCUCAUAAGUCGCUUCAUGUGGUUUCCUUUUUCGAUGUGCUCCGAUGUUCGAUAACUGUAUCAGCCGUCUGGACAGUAGUGCGCAGAAAACACCGGAAAAGGAAACUGAGAAAAAAAUAAAUUGGUAGUGGUGUGUAUCUGAUCUGUGCGUUAGGGUUAGUGAAGCCGCCGAAAUGGGCUGUGCUGUGAGUACCGCCGCCGAUAAAGAAGCUGCCGAGCGGUCAAAGAAGAUUGAUCGCGACUUACGAGCUGAUGGCGAAAGACAAGCUAGGGAGGUUAAGCUUUUGCUACUAGGGGCUGGCGAGUCCGGGAAGAGUACUAUCGUGAAACAGAUGAAGAUUAUUCACGAAUCUGGGUACACCUCGGACGAAUGCAAGCUGUACCGCCCUGUGGUACACAGCAACACCAUCCAGAGCCUGCUGGCCAUCAUACGUGCCAUGGGACAGCUCAAGAUAGAUUUCAAAGAUCCCUGCCGAGCAGAUGACUCCCGGCAGUUCUUUACGAUAGCAGGGGCCACUUCGCAAGAAUGCGAAAUUACGCCUGAACUGGCCGCCAUGAUGAAGAGGCUCUGGCAAGACGCCGGCGUGCAGCACUGUUUCUCUAGGUCCAGAGAAUACCAGCUCAACGAUUCAGCUUCCUACUACCUGAAUGCACUCGACCGUAUCUCCCAGCCUAGUUACAAUCCCACGCAGCAAGAUGUCCUGCGAACACGAGUCAAAACAACGGGCAUUGUGGAGACGCACUUUGUUUUCAAGGAUUUACACUUCAAGAUGUUUGAUGUUGGUGGACAAAGGUCGGAGCGUAAGAAGUGGAUACACUGUUUCGAAGGUGUGACUGCCAUCAUUUUCUGUGUGGCGCUAAGUGGGUACGAUCUAGUCUUGGCCGAGGAUGAGGAGAUGAACCGUAUGAUUGAGAGUAUGAAGCUGUUUGAUUCCAUCUGCAACAAUAAGUGGUUUGUGGAUACGUCGAUUAUCCUCUUUCUGAAUAAGAAGGAUCUCUUCGAAGAGAAGAUUACAAGGUCUCCACUGACUAUCUGUUUUCCAGAGUACACAGCCAGCAACACAUACGAGGAAGCUGCUGCAUACAUCCAACUGAAGUUUGAGUCCCUGAACAAGCGACGGGAAACCAAGGAGAUCUACACACACUUCACAUGUGCCACAGAUACGAGCAACAUUCAGUUUGUGUUUGAUGCAGUCACUGAUGUCAUCAUCAAAAACAACCUCAAAGAUUGUGGUCUCUUCUAGGAUGCUGUUUUGAACAGUAUGAGCGGUGAGGAUAUCAACACUUGUAUUAGGAAGACCGGUUGAACGCAACUGCCUCUAUUCCCUGCAGUGCUCUCCAUUCCACUCUGCUUAGAAAAUUGGAUAAUUACAGCAGCCUUGAACAUUGCAUGUUGGCAAUUGUCGCAUUGUAUCCUGGUUUCCAAGCAAUUUUCGCAUAUGCGUGCUUUCCUGCGUUACACUUUUGUCAUUUUGCAGUCAUAUGCUGCUGUUAUUGUUAUUUUCUCAGAGAAGUGUAAUGCUUUUAUUGCCUCGACUCAUAGCCAAGUAUUUCAUAAUGUUGCAAUAUGCUUUCGGUAGUUCAGUAUUUUGGUCCAUAAUAUCUUGAGAAAUUUGUUCAUUUUAAGCUCUCUCUACCGCUUUGUAUCAUUCAGCCAUCGGAGUACAGAGGGUAGCAGUAUUUGUAUUUCACGUACGACCUUGUUGUUUGUCCACAGUUACAAAUUUUUUACACAUUGUAUCGCUGUGGUUAAAGAGUGGAUCGCCAUCACAUUUUGGGGAGAGCUACUGACAGCACCAGUGAAAGGAAAUUUGACUGUGGUGUAUUUUUAUUAUGUAUACUGGGAUGUCACUAUAAUGCAUUGUCUGUGUGGCUGCUGUGUGCAUGCAAGCUGUUUGUCUCGGUAGGACCAAAUCUUUGUAUGCCAUGUGCCUUUGUAAAGGAAACGGCCUGCCAUUUUCUGUGAAUAUGAGCUUGGAUCUGCACAUACAGGGUGUGUUUUGGAAGCCUCUGCCAAACAUCUUGGUCCCUGUCACCAACACCUGAUAGGCACCAGGCCAAGGGUACGUUCGUUUAUGCUACUCAUGCUACCCACCAGUCUGAGUCGUCGUACGUCACCUACUCCCCAGUGACCCGCAUAGAUAGGAGCGUCGUCGGGAGGCGACUCUGGAGGACCUCUAGUGGCGAACUCACGAGAGCCGUUUUUGCCGACCAAGAGUUGUCCGUCGAGUUGCUCGAGUCCAGUAAACGAACGCACCUAAGCGUUGCCCAUCUCCUUGUGUAAAGACAUUAGUCAUUAGAGGUGGCUUGAAGGUGCAAGCCAAUUUUUGUGCUGCCAUUGUUAGAUAAUGUGAGGAAUUUGCUGCAUUGGUAACAUGUUUGAAGCAAUCUGGUACCUGAUAGCAAUUGCGAGUGGCGGAGUCUCCUCGAUAUGAUGGGUACCCAACGUGGGUACUCAGUGGGAACGUAGAGAUGCUGCUCUACAGGUAAUGCGACAAUGCUUCCUGCAUUAUUGAGGAUGCAUGGUGGUAGCGACACCCGGUCAAUCCUCGUUUGUCCGGUACUUGCCGUUUCCAGCGAAAAUGUUCACAGAGUGGGGAUCUGGAUGAAGGAAACUUGAGGGCAGACUAGUUGUCCGUUGUCACCGAAGCCCUUGUUUGUUUAGGAGGACAUUGGAAACUCUCUAUCACCAAUCGCAUGAUAUCCAGCUGUUUUAAACUCUUACUGAUGGCGUUAAGUUGAGAGACCCCAUUCUUUUGCACGAAAAAUUACCAGAGCCGUUUGCUGUGCAAAGAAACUUCGUGCAUUCUCCAGAGUCGCAACAGUGGGUUCACCACUGCCAUUGUGUUCAUGCUGGUCAUCGGUGGAAGCAGCAGUGUUAACAACAUUCUGAUCCCUAAUCACGGCGUAUAUGUCGUCAUGCGUGUCAGUGUUGACAUACUGCGAAACUGUGAUCUUAUCUCCACCGCUGUUACCUUCCACGUCAGAGAAUGCGGUUCUACAAGUGAAACCGUUUUUAUCGCUGCAGUGAGUCAUCUUCAGUGUACUGGACGGUACAUUGCAACAUUCGGUAAAUGGUUACAGUAGGAAAGGGAAAGAAUUCCUCGAGGUUGUCGUCUUUGCUCGAUGAAAUGUAGGUCGCAUUCAUUGUGUCUGACUCGAGACCAGAUAAGCGAAGGCAGUUGUUUGGUAUUUUCCUCUACUGUUCCUGGAAAUUUUCGUCCAGGUCCGAAAACUGAAGUCUGCAUAAAUGAAGGCAAAUUGCAUGGACUGAAAUCCGUCCCCACGUUUUUUGUCUGUACAGCGAAGGAUCCGGACAAGUAAAGCACGGAUAAACGGUGGUUGACUGCACCUUGAAAAACAUUGAGUCAAGACAUGCCACAAAUUCUUUCCACCAUUUGCUCAACGUGAAAGUGAAAUGCUUAAGGGAGUUGCACCUAAGAAACAAUCAAGGUGGCAGUGUUGAAUCACAAUGAAGCAGCGACAGACUAGUGUGAGACUUUCAGACUGUAGCUCGGUUUAUUUUGUCCCCUCCGCGCGUAAUUGACGCGGAGAAAUAAUUAUAUGCCCAGAAAUCUUUCUGGUGUAGGCGCUCCUAAAAGGUGCAACAUGAAGAGAGGAAAUGGGGAAGGCCUUCCUUGUUUUGGGCUUGGCUUCUGAUUGUCUCUCAACCUCUGCACUAUCCCAUUGUCUGUGUCCAGAGUGUUCAGCACGCAUGUGAGUAGGUGCCAAUGAAUUAACAGUUUGCAUGUGGCGUGCACAUUUUGUGGUAUCACCUGGGCUGCAGACGUUGAUAUGCUGUUGUUUCGAUUCAUCGCAUGGCGAUAGCGGCAGAUGGCGUUUGUAGUUUGCAUUCAUAAAAGGUUGUGGACACCUUCGAAUAUUAUGAGCUGCCAAAUGUACCUCAUCGGGUCCAUGUCGUCACAUACUUUUAUACGAGGCAGAAUGAUUAGGAGUAAAUGAAUUGGCAUUUGUGGUGUCUUUAUUCCGAAGCAAGAAACAAAAUGUGUGCAUGCUGGUUUGCCUUAUUGGGUUAAAGGGGCACUGAAGUACAAAAAUGUACCCUCGCAGGUUGAAAGGUGACAUUACCUUGACUCCGACACCAAAGGAACGGGAUUCACCCAUUGUGUCCUUUGUGAUUUAUGAGUGAAAGGAACAGAGAUAUAAAUCUUCCCCCUCGCUCUCCUUCUCGAGAAGGAGAGGGAAAGUGUAAGCUGCAGGUUUUUCGCUCAUAAACCACAAACUGCGCAACGGAUAACUUCCAUUACUUUUGUAUUGGUGUCAAACGUAACGACAUCUUUUAUUCCGGGAGAGUACAUUUUUGCACUUUGGUUUCCCUUUAAGAACCUUGUCUCUGACAUGCACAGUAGUAAAGCCUGCAAGAAAAAAAAAGGGGGAGGGAGAAAGAUUGCAGGGCGUGCUGCAUAAUGUGUUUCAAACUUUGUGUGUGUGCUUCCUUUUUGUGCUUAACCCCAGCGACUGCUUCAACACCCGUCAGCCACUGAUGGCGGAUAAUAUAAUUGCGAGUGUUGUCACAAAAUCCAUGUUUGUACAGACAACAGCCCCCUCAAUCCGCAUAUAGUUCGUCUUCGCUGCUGUUUUACGCAUCACUCCAUUAAAUCAUCAUGAAUUUGUGAAACUGUGCUGUGCCAAUACAUACUUCCGUGGAACCGUCUUCAUACUUUCAUUCUGUGUAUUCUCGUGCAUUUUAUGACAUUGCGUCUCACCUGGUGGUUUCUUGGGGUACGAAAACCUUUGCUUCCUUUUCGUUUGGUAUCCUUUCGUAUCUUUCACCUUCCUGCCUGAUCAGCAGAGAGAUAUCAGCUUUUUCGUCUUGUGUUCUUUCGGACAACAUCGGCACCAUUUGCUUUUCUGACAUUCCUCAAUAUCUUUUUUAUUUCCAAAGGCUCGCAUGGUCCACAAUAUUUGGCUUUUGCGAAUAACCGCAUGACGUGGAGACAAAUUACUUGUUUGACUGAUGAUAAAUGAUGAAACAGAAAUGGGCAAAAAUUUAAUUGAAAUUGAUUUAAUUUAAAUACUCUUCAGCAAGAACCACUGGGCUACUCAACGUGCCCAAGGCAUACAGUAUUGGAUAAUGGACUCGAUAAUUUGCACCAUCUUGCUGUCUCGAACUCUAGGAUUAUUUGUGAACUACCGUUAAAAUUAGUGGAAUUGGAUUUUCUGUGUAAUUCGACUAGCAUGUAUAUCCACAUGGAGUUCACCAUUUCCUCUUCCACUGAGCAAUUAUCUUUCUAAGGAAGUCUAAAAGUAUUAAUGACUCGGCUCACCUUCUUUUUUUAUUAUUUUUGUACGCUCUAUUGAGAUGUUUUGUGGAGGACCCUGUCUUCGAAGAAUGGGUAAUUUGCAUAUCUCUGUCACUGAAACUUUAUUUGAAUGACAAGCCCAGAUAAAUCAUAACCAUGCUCUCCCCUCUUUUGCAUUUGCAUUUGCAUUUAAUUCUGCUGCAUUUAGCUAUCUUCUCUAAAAUGUGCUGGAACUAGAGAAGGUGGCAAAUUCGUUAAUGUCACUUGUAGUUAAUUUGCCUGUGCAGUGCCCCGUAUUUAUUGAAAACUGAUCUUGUGCCGAUUUUUCCUCUUCAUUCAAUGAACGAGUUUGGAUUGACGCAUCUACUUGGACCGAAUAAAAUGGACGUAGCAUUUUUGUGCCUCACACAGAAACAGCUGCUGAGGGAAAUGCCUAGCAUUGGGAAUGGGGUAAUUAUCUGUAAAAAACGGUAAUGUUUAAGCUCACAAGUGGCAUUGUGUAAAAUGGACUUACGGACCAAGCCAAACAGCAUAUAGUGUUCAGUGGCUUCGCGUGAUUCUAACACGGGCACAGAUUUUCGGUAUUCAGUAACUGUUUGUGUUCCGAAAUGUUCAAAUGUGAUUCCAAACGUUCCUAGACGAGCACAUCAACUUUUUGUUUACCACACUUCGCUGAUAUUUAGAGCUUAUCACAUACUCGCUCUGAGUGUGGUAAAUCUGGCUGCUUGCUUUCUACCACAUCAUUGGCUUGUGAAGCCGUGUGCGUGUUAAUUGUCUCAAUACAGUUUGUUUCUGAGUCAAGAAAAGUUCCAGUGCUUGCGCAGAACAACUGAACACGUAUUCACAUCACAAUUUUGCUACUGCUGGCUACUGCAACCACUAUUCACAUCACAGUUUUUAUUGCCCCGCAUUUAUUCUCUGGGGCCCAAGUUUCCUAUUUUUGUAGCGCUUCUUCUUCUUUGUGUUAUGCUUAUGGUUGCACUUUUAACACUGCUGUAAUGUUGGAUCACGGCAAACAUUUUUUUUUGUAUUCAGCACUGCCUAACAAAUAAUUGCUGUCCUGCUUCAGUUAACAUUGCCCUUUUGUUCUUUGGGGAGACACUUUGUGUGAAAUUUCUUCCAAAAUUUGGUUAGUAAGUCAUUUAAUGGUAGCCUCCACAACAUGUAUUUAGGUAGUCAUCUGAAACUCACGGCAUUAUUGUUUGCAAAAACAUCUCAUGAUCGUGAAACCUGUAAAGAGGCAAUGUACCGUGGGCACUGAUAGAUUCCUUUGUCAUGAAGGUAUGUGACUUGUGCUGAUGUUCAAAGCCACCAUGUUUCACGGGUUCAAAUUGUUGUUAGCAUGUAGCUACUCUACACGUUCAUGCUUUUAUUACACUUUCUAAACAAAUGUGAUCCAGUUUUAUGACUCCCGCGUGCACAUCCUUGAUUGACGAAGUGUUUUGCUCGGGAUUGCUGUGAAAGCGUUGACGUUAGCAUUGAUGGAGUCAGUGGAAAAUUUGAUGGUUGUGUUUUUUAUCCAGUGUUCACAAGAGUUUGCGAUGUUAUCAGCAUGUUGGUAUCGACAUUUUGAAAAUCUGUUACCACAACAGUAAUACAGGUGAAAUGGCACACAUGAGCACAUUGUUGUGUAAAAAGGUAUAUAUAUAUAUACAGCUAUGUGUGUACAGAUGUACUCAUGCGUUUGAGAGAAAACAAGUGAAAGCAAUUGUUUCUGGUGAUCGUCCCUUUCAAUUUGUAUUCGGGUGAACACAGGGUCGCCAAAAACCUGAAAUUGAAAUGCAGGAAGCUCAACAGAGUCAGAUACGUAGCCAGUGAUAUAAAGAAUUUGUUGUUUUCUUAAUGGGCCCGUAAAGCCACA